AAUUUGAUAAAGGCUGUAAUUCUUUGUUAUAUUACCACCCGGGUGAUCUUUUUAUACUAGCCAACGGGUCACCCGACAGGUCACCCGUCGGACGGGUCAAAUCACUAGCCCGAAUUGACCCAAAGCCUGGCUCGACCCGCAAGUUUCCGGGCUUAGCCUGGCCCGACCCGCACCCUAAACAUCACUAUGCUUGUUUGUGCAAAUGCUUAUUGGGCCUAAACUUCGCGGCUGUAAUAGCAGUGCAAGGACCUCAUGUUAUAAUUAGGCUCUGCGGCUACAGUAGUAGUGCAAAGACCUCAUUAUGUUCAGUACAAGGACCUCAUGUUGUAGUUAGGCUUCGCGGCUACAGUAGUAGCUCCGCGGCUGCAAUAGCAGUGCAAGGACCUAUAGAUGCAAUAGAUUAUAAGGCGGAUAGUUAUCUUCGGUUGAUAAUAUUUCCUUGGAGUCUAGAUAUUCUACGAUGUUUGAUAUAG